GAAAGGGUUUGAAAGAAAGGGCUAUGGAGGUGCACAAUAGUAUGAGCCAUGGCCUAGUCGCGCUAUUGCUGGUGAUGAUUUGCUUAUCUUGCAUCAUGGCUAGAGUGUGGGCUACAAUCGAGCAGUUCGAGGUGCAGCAACACCUGAUUCGAUUGGAUAAACCUAUCAAAAGCAUCAAGAGCCCGGAUGGGGAUAUCAUAGACUGUGUCCAUAUCUCUCAUCAGCCAGCCUUCGAUCAUCCUUCGCUCAAAAACCAUACUAUCCAGAUGAGACCAAGUUUCCACCCAUUAGGCUUAUAUGAUGAGAAGAGGGUGGCAUCAAAGAUGGAAACUAGCUCCAUACCUCAACUUUGGCAUCAAAAUGGGAGGUGCCCAGAGGACACCAUCCCUAUUAGGAGGACUAAGAAGGGCGAUGUGCCGAGGGCUAGCUUUAUCGAAAGAUUUGGAAAGAACAUGCGUAGGACAAUCCUAAAUGCAACUUCUAUAGAAUCCAACAGGAAUAAUAAUAGGCAUGAGCAUGCAAUUGUUUAUGUAAGGGGAGGUAAGUACUAUGGAGCAAAGGCAACCAUAAAUGUGUGGAACCCGAAGCUGGAACACGAAGAUGAGUUCAGUCUGUCUCAACUUUGGAUUCUUGGGGGUCCUACAGAGGUUCUCAAUACCAUCGAAGCUGGCUGGCAUGUUGAUCCAUUUCUGUAUGGAGAUCAUAGAACAAGACUAUUUACUUUCUGGACGGGUGACGGUUAUAAAUCAGUAGGCUGCUACAACCUACAAUGCUCUGGGUUCGUUCAAGUCAACAAGGAGGUAGCAUUGGGAGCCACCAUUUACCCCAUUUCUAGCUAUGGUGGACGCCAAUAUGAAAUCACUUUGUCUCUCUGGAAGGAUCCAAAAACGGGGAAUUGGUGGCUGCAGUAUGGGAAUCAAUCUCCAGUGGGGGGAAUUCAGGAAGUGGUUCGACAAGCCUGGAGACGCUAUGGCCAUUACUCUCCAUGGGUUCGAGUAGCCUUGAUUCCACACUGAAAUCGGACAUCCUGCCCCAAUAUUGUCUCUAGUUUUAUAUAGGGAUAAGGGUAACAAUAUUUCACGUCGUAAUUAGUAGUAAAAUAUGCUAUAGUGCAACAGCUACCUACGUCAAAUAGCUCGUCAAAGCGAGUGUGAACGGUGGGCAUUCAGCAGUCCAUGUCUUCCUUCCCCCACAAAAAAUCCACAGUGAAGAAAAGAAACAAGCAGUGGAGACCGGCACCUCUCGAGCUAUUCCACUCCAAGCUGGUACUC